CAGCGAACUUUUUAGAAGCCCGGUGCCUUGAGCAGCAGCAGCACCACCACCCCCGCCAUCUCCACGGUUUCCUCUGCAACGGUGAAGCUCUUCGCCAAACACACAUCCUCUCGACGAUACCAAUUUUUUAUCGAGGUUUUUAAAAUCGUUGUCGCACAACCAUGCAGGCUCCAGUAGUGGUAAUGAACACCGGCGCCGGUGAACGGCAGACGGGUCGCAAGGCCCAGAUGUCCAACAUCGCGGCUGCCAAGACCGUCGCCGACAUUAUUCGAUCAUGCUUGGGCCCCAAGGCUAUGUUGAAGAUGCUCCUCGACCCCAUGGGCGGUAUCGUCCUCACCAACGAUGGCCACGCCAUCCUCAGAGAGAUUGAGGUCUCGCACCCUGCAGCAAAGAGCAUGAUUGAGCUCAGCCGGACACAAGACGAAGAGGUUGGCGAUGGCACAACAACGGUCAUUAUUCUGGCUGGCGAGAUGCUUGCGCAGUCCCUCCCCCAGCUCGAGCGUAACAUUCACCCCGUCCAGAUCAUCGCCGCCUUCCGCCGCGCGCUGAAGGAUGCCCUCGAGAUCGUCGACGACAUCUCCCUCCCCAUCGACGUCAACGACGACAAGGCCAUGCGCGGCCUCAUUUCCUCUUCUAUCGGCACCAAGUUCGUCUCGAGAUGGUCCGACCUGAUGUGCGACCUGGCUCUCCGCGCCGUCCGCACUGUCACCUGGGAGGCCGGCAACGGAAAGACCGAGGUCGACAUCAAGAGAUACGCACGUGUGGAGAAGGUGCCGGGCGGUGAGAUCGAGGACAGCAGAGUGCUUGACGGAGUCAUGCUCAACAAGGACAUCACCCACCCCAAGAUGCGUCGGAGAAUAGAGAAUCCCAGGAUCGUCCUCCUCGACUGCCCCUUGGAGUACAAGAAGGGCGAGUCGCAGACCAAUAUCGAGAUUUCCAAGGAGGAGGACUGGAACCGUAUCCUGCAGAUCGAGGAGGAGCAGGUUAAGGCUAUGUGCGAGGGUAUUAUCGCUCUCAAGCCCGACCUGGUCAUUACCGAGAAGGGUGUCUCAGAUCUCGCUCAGCACUACUUCAUGAAGGCUAACAUCACCGCCCUCCGCCGCGUUCGCAAGACGGACAACAACAGAAUAGCAAGAGCGACGGGCGCCACCAUUGUCAACCGCGUCGAUGACAUCCAGGACUCCGAUGUCGGCACGCUCUGCGGCCUGUUCGAGAUCGAGAAGAUUGGCGACGAGUACUUCACCUUCCUCACCGGAUGCAAGAACCCCAAGGCCUGCACAGUGCUCCUCCGCGGUCCGUCAAAGGACGUGCUCAACGAGAUUGAGCGUAACCUGCAGGAUGCCAUGGGUGUUGCCCGCAACGUCAUGUUCAACCCCAGACUCUCCCCCGGUGGUGGCGCUACUGAGAUGGCCGUCUCGGUGCGGUUGAGCCAGCUCGCAAAGGGUGUCGAGGGUGUCCAGCAAUGGCCGUACAAGGCCGUCGCUGACACGCUUGAGGUUAUCCCCCGUACCUUGGUCCAGAACGCCGGUGCCAGCCCCGUCAGAGUACUGACUGACCUGCGCGCCAAGCACGCAGAGGGCAAGCACUCGUGGGGUAUCAACGGUGACUCUGGCGUUGUCGCCGACAUGAAGGAGUACGGUGUGUGGGAGCCCGAGGCUAUCAAGUUGCAGAGCAUCAAGACGGCGAUUGAGUCCGCUUGCUUGCUCCUCAGAGUAGACGACAUUUGCAGCGCAAGAAAGGCGGCGCAAAUGGGCAACGGCCUGCACGGAGGUGGUGACGAAUAAGAUGCCUGUUGACGUUAGUCGGAUUCGGUAUUUUUCAUGACGAAGACGGGAGAGCGGUUGCAACGAGCAGUGAUGAAGAUGAAAAAAAAAGGUCAUACCCCUGUAUGGAUGCAUAGAUAUGGGAUUAGAAAUUACCUAGACGACUGAAGUUCUCGGGACAUCUCCAAAGGACAAAAAAAGCUUUGAUGCUCAUGCUUUGCUGAAAAUGGACCCCUGCCUCGUGUCUCCUGUCUUGUCAAAUCAAUGUUUAAGAUGGGCGCGGGACCCACCGAACAUUUGGUGUUUGGUCUGAAGUUAUUUUUGGUCACGCCAAGCUUAUGUUCAAGCUUGAAAAAAGGAGCUCAAAGCUCGACGACAACCGAACCCCAAGACCCAGGCUCAGGCCCAGGGGCCCUACAAAACCACGGGACGAUGAAUCAGUCAUCGUCGUGGAUCACGAUACCCGGGGGCUGAGCAGCUCCUGACGAGGUCGUUGCCGUCUCUGAGCCCUUGUUCUUGCCGUCCUCAUUAUCCUUGGCAUCGUCAUCCUCCUUGUUUGUAGAUGUUUCCGCCGCAGCCCUUGCGGCGAGACCACCACUUGACGAAGAAGCGGCAGUAGCUCCUCCCUUUGCCACGACACCACCACCACCGGGUCCCUUUUUACCCUUUUGCUUCUUCUUAUCCCUCUUUUCCCGAUUCUUCCUCGUGCGCUCCUCGUCCUUGGCCGCCCGCUCGGCCUUUUGCCGCUCAAACUCGUCGUUCUCCUUCUCCUGUCUGACCUCGUCGUCCAUGGCGCGCAGGCGGUCGUACUCGCGGCGGCGGCUGGCCUUGUAGACGUGGAACUCGCCGGAGCCGGCGCCGGCGGAGGAACCUUGGACGUUUGUGACGAUUUCGGGCGGGGCGGCGACGGCGCGUUUGGCGACGGCGCCGGGGCCGGGAGGGAGACGGAUCUCUUGGUCUGGUUUGGAGAAGAGGGUUUCGAGGUGUUUUGCGUGCUCGGAGACGGGGGUGAGGGCGCGUUUCUUUGUUGGGCGGCGGGAGCGGGGGUCCGCUGAGGUGGGGAUUGAUUCGGGGCCUUCGCCGGACAUUUUUGCUGCUGCUGCUGUUGCCGCCGGUAGUGUUCGGGGUGUGGAAGGGAGGGAGGUCGGUCGGUCGGUCGAGGGCCGGAUCCUGCAGAUUUGGCGGUGGGCGGUUGCGUCGAGCAGCUUUUGAGAUUGGCGGGGGAGAGUCGUAUGAUUGUGGGAUGAGGCUGGAUGUGGAAUGGGCUGAUCCGGGGGGGGAGGAACGUUGGUAGGCCCGGCUACGGUGAUUGCGCUUUGCUAGCAGCAAUACGAUGGGCUAUGCGGAACGGGCGGGCGGGAAGGCGCAUGUGAUGUUGCCCGUCUGCGUACGUAGCUGGGUGGUUUACGUUGCAGCAGUCUCUCCCGGUCUAGGCAAAGUGUGACUGACUGUUGGAGUGGGUGAAGUGGGUGAUUGAAUGUUGGUGACUUGAAGUUUGAUUGCGAGUUACCACAAGAGAUCGCGAGAUGGAGGCGCGCGCGCGCGGCGUAAGGUAAGGUAAUCUAAGCGGGAAAAGAUUGGCGCGCGGUGGUGUGGUGAGAGGUUGGUCGGUUGUGGGCGGCUAGUAGAUGGGCCGGGGUGGCGGCGGCUGUCUGCUGUUUCUGACCUGCCUGUUGGUAAGAACCCAUAAGAGUCAAGCACGUUUGCGGCG